AUGUCUAGUAAUGGCAAUGAAGUCCAUGCUCAUGAUGAUAAUGUUACAAUCGCUGAUGAAUUUAGUCGCUCGUCACCAGAAGAUCAUUGGAAUUUGAAAAAUCAAGAACAAGAUCAACUUAUACGUAAUGAAAUCGCAGGUCAUCAACAACAACAACAACAACAACAUUGGGAAAGAAGGUAUAGUUUCUUAGGUUUACCCAUAAAUACAACUCAUGGUUCACUGAAAUCAACAAAGGAAAAUGACAAAAUUUUAACUUAUAUCAACAAAACCUCAAAACUUGAAAGAUAUUCAAAUUCUCUUAAUGAUUCAAGACCAACUAUACUUAUUGGUAAAAUUGAUAAUAUAUUCAAUUGGGAAUCUGCUUUAAUUGAUGAUUCAAUUUUGAAAUCUAUUAAAGACAAAAAGACUAGGAAUUUUUAUCAAGAACAAAAUGAAUUAAUUGAAAAAUAUAUGGAAGUUGAUAAAAUUUUAGAUAGUGGAAUUCAUCAUAAAAUGAUUAGAAAUUAUAGUGAUAGAAAUGAUCCAAUUGAUUAUAGUUAUGGUUCUAUUGAUCAUAGUAAUUCAAAUGAUGCAUAUAUAAACAAGUCACCUAAAGUAUCAAUUCCAAGUCCAAAUAGAAGAGAUUCUGCAGUUCCAGGUGAUGUUGAUCUUGAAAGUGGUUUAUUAUUAGGUUAUAAUAAAUCUGAAGAAUUAAAAUUAAUUUCAUUUGCAAUUAAUGUAAAUUUUUUAGCAAAUAUUUGUUUAUUAUUAGGUAAAAUUAUUGUUGCAAUAUUAACAAUGUCAAUUUCAAUUAUUGCAUCAUUAGUUGAUUCAAUAUUAGAUUUAUUAUCAACUUUAAUUAUUUUUUUUGCAAAUAAAUUAGCAAAUACCAAGAAUCCAAAACAUUUCCCAAUUGGUAGAUCAAGAUUAGAACCAAUUGGUGUUUUGGUUUUUUCAAUUAUAAUUAUUCUUUCAUUUUGUCAAGUUGGUAUUGAAUCCCUGCAAAGAUUAAUUAAUCAUUCAUCAAAUGAUGAAAUUAUUUCAAUUGGUAUAACUCCAAUUACAAUUAUGACAAUUACUAUCUUGGUUAAAUUAAUUUGUUAUUUUUGGUGUAUUAAAUUUAAAUCUUCAAGUGUUCAAGCUUUAGCUCAAGAUGCCUUAGUUGAUGUUGUUUUUAAUUUUUUUUCAAUUGUUAUGCCAAUUAUUGGUUAUUAUACUCAAAUUUAUUGGUUUGAUCCAAUGGGUGCAUUACUGUUAUCAAUUUAUAUUGUAUUUGAAUGGUCUAAAACUUGUUUUGAACAUAUAAAUCAUCUUACAGGUAAAUCAGCAGAUUCAAAUGAUGUUAAAAUUAUAUUAUAUCUUUGUUCAAGAUUUUCAAAUAAAAUUAUAAAUAUAAAAAAUUUAAAUUGUUAUCAUGUUGGUGAUUCAUUAAAUGUUGAAGUUGAUUUAAUCUUGGAUGAAGAUUUAAAUAUGAGAGAUUCUCAUGAUUUAGCUGAAUCUUUACAAUAUACUAUUGAAUCUUUACCUUCAAUUGAUGUGGAAAGAGCUUUUGUUCAUUUAGAUUAUAAUAUUAAUAAUUUUAAAGGUCAUUUAUCAUGA